UUCUUGGUGUUUUAACAAACUAACCAACUAAUUCAAAGAAUUGUUUCACUUUUGAAUGAAUUAGCUUGAAUUAGCACUUGGUUAAUGAAAGUGCCAAAUAACCAGAAAACUUAAUACGCUUCUUGGAUUCUUUAUUUAUUUAUAUAUUUAUAUGUUAAUGAAACAGCCAAACGGCUAGCUAGUUUAAUACUAUACCUUUGUUGUUGUUGUUGUUGUUGUUGUUUUUUUAACUCACAAUUAGCUUGUAAAUGUAAUGGGUUUAUGAGGAUUUCUUUUUUCCACUUUUUCUAACAAAAUGGCUAGCUAGUUGAAUUAGUCAAUAUGUUCUUUUGCACGUUUUCACUUAGCGAAAUAGCCAAUAAGCUAGCUAACUUUACAUUUUUCACGCAGACUUUUUUUCACUCUUGUAAACCCAUCAGCCAACUAGCCAAUGAGCUAAACACUUUUGUUGCACUUAUUUCAUUAUUAUUAUUAUUUUUAAACUUUUUCUAGUGAAAUCAGCAACUAAUGAAAUAAGCACAGAUUUUUUUUUGUGCUGCUUUUUUACUAAAUUAACUAGCUGAUGUUUCCACGUCUAUCACACAGAAGCACACGAGUUGCCUGAGGUGAAGAGCUGGUUUCGGUGCUCCCUAUAAAUGAUUUGUCAAUAGAGUUGGGGCGGAUGGGGCUUUUUCAAAGACUCUCCCCUCCGCUUGAGGUGGAUACCCGGGACCACCGCCCCGUUAGCCUCGGCCUCUGCAUGUCCCUGUGUUGCAGGUACACGUACAGUAUCAAACUGAAGACCCGAUACCAGGGCUGUUCAUGAGAAUUAUUGUCCCAUUUCAACAAGCAGAGCAAGAUCAACGCUGUUGAUGUUUACAUAUCGAGAGCGGUCUCAAUGCAACAUUCCCAUGAGUCAUCACCAGCUGGCCUCAUGUCCAUGAAUAGCCACGCCGAGCUUAAAACACACAGCGCGUCUAUUUUAAGGAGCCUUCAUUUGGGUUUAAAUGCGUGUUUAAUCUGGGAUGGCAUAAACAUUAGCAUUGUGCCUUUGAAGCACAAAGGAGAUUACAGUGACUGGGUAGCCAUUUUGGCUCACGUGCAAGGUUUCACUUUACGAGAAGGUUUUUUUUUUUUCCUAAUGAUAUUCUCUCUGUGAGCUAUUUUUAGUCCGUCUCCUUAAUGUAAUGUAAACCAUUAGAUUUCAGAUUGGAAGAAUGAGUCGGCUUCAUGUCAAAACUCAUUUUCAUUGCGGGCUAAAUGGUCGUUACAGUUUCCACUCAGAGUGCCGUUAUGACUGUCAAAAAUCAUAUAAAAUGCGGAGUCAACUUAUAAUGUUAUGACAAACUGUAUACACAUUUCACCUCUGUUGCUCAUGUAUUUUCAACAACAAAUUCAGGUGGCAUGGAAAAAAAGCAGCAAGCGAUAUUUUAGUCUACACUAUUUUCCAAUUUAGAAGAAGGGUGGUGGUGAAAAUAAUGCCAGGUCUGUCUCUUUUUUCCCUGUUAAGUGCACGGACUCAUGGUCAACAACGAGGCACUCUAAGACAGCCAUGCCAACCCGUAGCCUCAUUCCAGAUGCUUGGCUGUCAAGUCGGCUUUUUUUUUUUCAAUAUAAACCCUCCCCCUUCAUCCGUGUCACUCUUCCUGUUGUCACCGCUCGGGAAGCACACGAGCGCUUUUUAAUCGCAGAUGGUGAAUCACACGAGGAGCGACGAGAGCGGCCUCUUUUCACUGGCGUCUCUCUUACGAUGCCGUGUUCUGCUCUCCAAGUGCGCGUCAAACAGAAAGCUUUCAAGAGCAAGCAAGUGGGAGGGGGCGGGGAGGGGGGGAGGGAGAGAUUUCCUUUCUUCAGUGAGAAGCGUGGCAGAGGAGAAUGUUCAAGAUGGGAGAGUACAGUUAAUCUUGCUUGCAGGACGUUUGUUCGUUCGUAUGACAAUUAUCCCGGAGAGCGAUUGAGACGACCUGAGCGAGCGCCACAGUUUGUGUCAAGUGGAAGCUCGUAGCGCAAGAAAAGCAUCACAAACGUGUGAUAGAAAGAUUAGUUUUCACCGUGCUUGCCAUUUUGUGACCAACUAUAAAAGGGUCAAUGGUAAUUCAUCUUUUGGAAUUUUAUCGUCGAACGGCAAUUUGGGAGCCAGACAAACGUGUCAGUGUGACUGUUGGUGUGUGUGGAUGUAGAGAGAUAGAGGGGCGUGACAGUACAUAUUUAUAUUUAUCUGCAGCGAGUAUUUGUGGGGGAUCUGAAAUAUUCAUAGCGUUUUCAUCAAGCACGUAAGUAGCGUGACGUCAUAGCGGCGAGACAUUGCAUAAUAAGCUAUUUUGUACAGUGAGCCCUCAAUGAAUAAUGACCGUGUAAUGAUAGCCUUAAGUGCUUUCCUCUGCAAAUGACUUCACUCUGUUUAGCAAAACAUUAUUUCACAUCCUUUGGACAUGUUGACUGACGUCACGGGGCACUUCGGAACGUUACGUGCCGCGACUGCUGCUGCUAGGUGACUCGUUUCCGUGGCAACUGCCAGCUGUGAAUACAGCCCUUCUCAAUCAUGUGUCCCCAAAAGCGACAAUGAGCAUCGGCGCGAAGGCUCCCGAGGCAAAAGAUUUGGGAGACACCGAGUUCUUCCUCUACAUCUUCCACUUCCCGUCUCCCACUCUGAGGCACAAAUGACCACAUAUAGGUCGAAAGUGCUCUGUCGCGCUGUCUCCACGGCCAUUCAUGUUGUUGGACUACUGCUGUCGAUGUUGUGGAUUCACUCUCAUCAAGCGCCAUGGAGCCGUCUCGCUCAAGGCCACGCCCAGUGACACCUGGGUGGUCCUGCAGAACCUGCUGAUGUGCAUGGUGUGCUUCUACUCACUCUACUACAUGGUGGUCAGCCUCUGCAUCGGCCUGCUCAGGGUUCAUGAAAUCAACAGUCUGUUGGCACCCUUUGACUACACCACACAACCAUCAUGGCAGAACCCCAAAUACCUGGUCAGUGUCAUCUCCACAGAAGUGACGUAUGUUCUGGGGGGCCUGGUGUUCGCCUGGAUCGUGGAGGAGUGGGUGUGGGACUACGCCAUCACGGUCACGCUGCUGCAUGUGGCCAUGACUGUCGCGGUGAUGUCAGAUUUCCCCUCAACCGAGCACUGGUGGAUCGCAUUGGGCUCAGGCCUGGUGAUGAUGAUAUUCGGAGGACAGAUCCUGGCCUACAAACUCUUCAGGAGUAACUUCAUCUCCCCAACCGAGCUUCAGAACUUCUGACAAGGGCUCAAGAUGCUUUGCCAGUGUUUCUGCUUUUUAUUUUAUUUUUUUGUAAAGCAUACACAACAUUAGAUGUCAAAUAA